AUGCAUCCUGUCCCAUUGUCCCGGAAUUCCUACAGUAAUUUUUGUACUUUCUGUACAGAGGAGAAUGUGUCAGAAUGCAUUUUGUACAUUAAUCAGGAAUUGUCCUCUCUGGGGUUCGCAGUGAUCUGCAAUGAGUUACAUAGGAUCAGGGAGCUGGAUGUUGUAGCUGUGCUGAACAACAUUUAUAGUCUGCUGCAGCUGCAUCGCCAUGCCCUUCGAACAGUGGAGGACUUGGAGAUGGAGCAAGUCAAACUGAGCAGUGACCUAGAUUAUCAGCAACUCACCAACUCUAGACUUAAGGACCAGCUUGAACUUGCCAGAAAGGAAAAUAAUAAACUGUAUGAGAAGGCGCGUCAGCUGGAAAUGACCAUCAAGACUUUACAAACUUGUCUAAAAAAUGAGAAGGAAGAGGCACAGAAAUUGCAGAGUAUAAUUGCAAGCCGUGCCACGCAGUACAGCCACGAUAUGAAGAGAAAAGAGAGAGAAUUCAGUAAACUUAAAGAGCGUCUAAAUCACUUACUGACUGACAGAAAGGAUAAAAAACAAGGAAUCGACGUAUUAAACUACAUUGGUAGAUCCGAUGGGAGGAGAGGGCAUUGGAAAACCGUGAAGACUGAGGCUAAACAUGAGGGUGAAAUGUACAAAACUUUGCUCAAUGACUUUGACAAUCGUCAGAGGGAGCUGAUGGUAGAAAAUGUAGAGUUAAAGAAAGUGCUCCAACAAAUGAAAAAAGAAAUGGUCGGCAUUUUAAGCCCAAAAAAGCGUGAUCAAAGAGGCGGGAAACAGGAAGACGGUCCAGAUCAGCAGACAGGCUCUGAUGAAGAGGAAGUGUGCGACCCGGGCAAAGAAACCCCAGGCAUGUCAUGCGAGCACGCUCGGGAAAAACUCACCAACAGCAUCCGUCAGCAGUGGAGGAAGCUCAAAAGUCACGUGGAGAAACUAGACAAUCAAGCGUCCAUGGUGCAGGUUGGAGAUAAGGACGGUGAGGAGGUGAUCUCCAAGCAGACCCAUGAGGAAGAGAUGGAAAUGCUCAAGAUGGAGAUCCAGCAGUGCAAAGAUUUCAUUCAAAUGCAGCAGCAACUCAUGCAGCAACAGCUCAAUACCCCCUGUGAUGAAGAAACUGCCGCUCUUCUAAAUGACUGCUACGUGCUGGAGGAGAAGGAGCGCCUUAAGGAGGAGUGGAGGACUUUUCAGGAGCAGAGAAGAACCUUCGAGAUGGAGAGGAAGAGUUUCACAGAGGCAGCCAUACGACUAGGGCGUGAGAGAAAAGCAUUUGAGGAAGAUCGAGCAACUUGGCUGAAGCAUCAGUUUCUGAACAUGACAUUCGCAGAUCACAUGAGGGAUGUAAAGAAAGAUUCAAAGACUAACGGUGCCUUAUCAGAUUGUAAGUGA